UCGAAACAAAGCUCGCAUUAAAAAUGGCUCGUUUUUGCUCAAUAUUAAGCGUAGGUAUGUUAAUUUUGACUGUAUUUACAUGUUCCACAAUUUCCCAGACUGUGGACGAACGACUGCAACAAUUUACCACCAGCUUUAUGCAAUUCAAGAGAGUUGUAGAAACCAAGGUGACUAGACUAGAGACAAAGAACACUCAGCUGGAAGCUCUGAUUGCGCAGAAAGACAAGCAAUAUGAAUUGCUGGCAGCCAAAGUGGCAGAGUUGGAACUUUCCCUUCAGAACGAGCAACCUCCUCUAACCAGCAACACCAGAACAGCUGUCAUCCACACAGAGGAAGUCAUCACCGUUACAAACGGUGAAAAAGAUGGCCGUUGGGGACGUUUGGAAAGUUGUCCGACCGGUUCUCGGGCCGUGGGUUACCAGACUCAGAAUAAAUUCGAAGCCCUUUUCGAGGAUGUCGACGAGACCGGAUUGAACAUGCUCGUCAUAUUCUGCGACGACCCACUCCAAACCAAAAUCUCUUCUCCAGUUGGAUUUCUCGGCGAUUGGCAACCCAUCCGUGAAUGCGCUGCAGGAUCUUACAUGAAAAGUUUCCGGAUGAGAGUCAGUCCAGCCGGGCAAGUGUCUGACCGCAACACGACCGACAACACGGCCAUCAACAACAUGCGAUUCAUGUGCUCCAACGGCCGGGAACUCAGGAGCGAAGGAAACACUGGCGGAACUUGGGGCGAGUACAGCGCCGAGUGUCUGGACGGCAUCUGCGGAAUGGAGACUCGCUUCCGGCCGGAUGGCGGACUCUUGGUGGACAACACGGCCCUUAAUGACGUCCGUUUCACUUGCUGUACUCCGGAUGACCUCGAGAUAGUACUCACCGAAUAGUGUACCAAUUGUUUCCAUGAGUCUGUGAUGAUUUUUAUUAGAUUUUUGUAACUAAUUGACGUUGUUUUUAUGACAAUAAACCGAAAUUUCAACAUA